AUGCAACCAUUUCAACAGCAGCAGCUGAUGCAACAGCAGCAACAGCUGAUGCAGCACCAGCAGCAGCAUUUAGUGCAGCAGCAGCAGCCACAGCAGCACGAAGGGGAUGUGUGGGGUGCUUCAGACACACAAAUAGAAAGCUGCAACGAAGAAUCGUGUGGAGCAUCGGAGUGUCUGUACACCCCGUGGGGUCCAUGGGGCCCCUGCAGCGGGCGCUGCGGCUUUGGGCAGCAGCAGCGGAGGCGGCAGCAGCAGCAGCAGCCUAAGGGCGUCGUUUGUAAAGAUUUGCUGCUGCAAGUAUUGCCCUGCAGAGACACCCCAAGCUGCAGCGGCUGUCUCCUCUCAAGUUGGUCCCCCUGGAGUGGCUGCGGGGACUGCAGCAGCAGCAGCAGCAGCAGCAGAGCGAUAAGGCAGGAGACGCGCAGCAGAGACAUUUUGCUGCUGGGAGAUCCCUGCCCUCCUACAGUUGAACAUCGGAUUGCUGCAGCUGCGGGUGUUCUGUGUGCAUCUGCAGCAGCAGCAGCAGCAGAAGCAGCAGCAGCAGCAGCAGCAGCAAAUUGCCCUAAGGGUGAAUGGGCCGAUUGGGGUCCCUGCAGAGCCGAUUGCCUUCGCCACCGUCGCCGGCUCCUCCCUGCUGAAGCAGCAGCAGCAACAGCAGCAACAGCAGCAGCAGCAACAGCAGCAACAGCAGCAACAGGAGCCAACUGUCUCAGGGAAAUUGAAGAGGGCGUCUGCGGCCCCCCUUGUUCACCUCACAACACAGCAGCAUUGUCUGCCGCAGCAUCUUCCGGAGGAGCAGCAGCAGCAUCACCGUCAGAAGCAGCAGCAGCAGCAGCAGCAAAUAGUCAGCUGCUGAGGGGGUUUGCUGCUGGAGGAGAAGAAGAAAGGACAAGAAAAGCAGCGCUGCUGCGCGGUGUAUUGCUGGGCAUGGCUGUUGCUGCUACUCUUGUUACUCUCUUCGUUGUAUUUAAACAAAAAGAGUUGCGUGCAAGGGCUGUGCUGGCUCGCGUUGAAGAGUGGGCAGCAGAAGCAGGCAGCAGCUGCAACCGCGGCAGCAACAGCAGCAAGAACAGCAGCAACAGCAGCAACAGCAGCAACGACUCCCAGAAGCAAAUGGAGGUAGAAGAAGACCAACCCUUUUGGGCGGGAGAUGAAUUGAAUGAUGAAAUGCAGCAGCUAAACCCCACAGCAGCAGCAGCAGCAACUGCAGCAGCACCAGCAGCAGCGCCUCCUCUAGCCAGUGCGUAA